GCGAAAGUGGGUCCUGCUUCAUUUCCUUCUAUGUCCAGGUGGGAAGAGGUGGUAGGAGAACCGUUUCUCGUACUCUCUCCUAUUACAGGAACUGCUUUGUGCUAGAUCAGCAGUCACAAAGUACAGGAAAAAGAGAUUAAGUCUCUAACUGCUGAAAUUGACCGGUUGAAAAACUGUGGCUAUUUAGAAGCUUCUCCAAAUUUGGAGCAAUUGAGAGAAGAAAAUUUAAAGUUGAAGUAUCGACUGAAUAUUCUUCGAAAGAGUCUUCAGGCAGAGAGGAACAGACCAACUAAAAAUAUGAUUAACAUCAACAGCCGCCUACAAGAAGUCUUUGGCUGUGCCAUUAAGGCUGCAUAUCCAGACCUGGAAAAUCCUCCUCUGAUAGUCACACCAAGUCAGCAGCCCAAGUUUGGGGACUAUCAGUGUAAUAGUGCCAUGGGCAUUUCUCAGAUGCUCAAAACCAAGGAACAGAAAGUUAAUCCAAGAGAAAUUGCUGAAAACAUCACCAGACACCUGCCAAACAAUGAAUGUAUUGAAAAAGUUGAAAUUGCUGGUCCUGGUUUUAUUAACGUCCAUCUAAGAAAGGAUUUUGUAUCAGAACAGUUGACCAAUCUUCUGGUGAAUGGAGUUCAACUACCUGCCAUUGGAGAGAGAAAAAAGGUUGUAGUUGACUUUUCCUCUCCCAAUAUAGCUAAAGAAAUGCACGUAGGCCACCUCAGGUCAACUAUCAUAGGAGAGAGUAUGUGCCGCCUCUUUGAAUUUGCAGGCUAUGAUGUGCUAAGGUUAAAUCAUGUAGGAGAUUGGGGGACCCAGUUUGGCAUGCUCAUUGCUCACCUGCAGGAUAAAUUUCCAGAUUAUCUGACAGUCUCACCUCCUAUUGGGGAUCUUCAGGCUUUUUAUAAGGAAUCUAAAAAGAGGUUCGAUACCGAGGAGGAAUUUAAGAAGCGAGCAUACCAAUGUGUUGUUCUUCUCCAGAGUAAAAACCCAGAUAUUAUAAAAGCUUGGAAACUUAUAUGUGAUGUGUCCCGUGAAGAAUUUAAUAAAAUCUAUGAUGCAUUGGACAUCUCCUUGAUAGAGAGAGGGGAAUCCUUCUAUCAAGAUAGGAUGAAUGAUAUUGUAAAGGAAUUUGAAGAUAAAGGAUUCGUGCAAGUGGAUGAUGGCAGGAAGAUUGUGUUUGUCCCAGGGUGUUCCAUACCAUUAACCAUAGUGAAAUCAGAUGGAGGUUAUACCUAUGAUACAUCUGACCUGGCUGCUCUUAAACAAAGACUACUUGAGGAAAAGGCAGAUAUGGUUAUCUAUGUGGUAGACAGUGGACAAUCUGUGCACUUCCAGACGGUAUUUGCUGCUGCUCAGAUGAUUGGUUGGUAUGACCCUAAAGUAACUAGAGUGUCCCAUGCUGGAUUUGGUGUGGUACUUGGGGAAGACAAGAAGAAGUUUAAAACACGUUCAGGGGAAACAGUGCGCCUCAUAGACCUUUUGGAAGAAGGACUCAAACGAUCCAUGGACAAAUUGAAAGAAAAAGAGAGAGAUAAGGUCUUAACUGCAGAGGAAUUAAAAGCUGCUCAGACAUCUGUCGCUUAUGGCUGUAUCAAAUAUGCUGACCUUUCCCAUAACCGGUUGAAUGACUACAUCUUCUCCUUUGACAAAAUGCUUGAUGACAGAGGGAACACGGCUGCUUACUUGCUGUAUGCCUUCACUAGAAUCAGGUCUAUUGCCCGGCUGGCCAGCAUUGAUGAAGAGAUGCUCCAAAAGGCUGCUCGGGAGACCAAGAUCAUUUUGGACCACGAGAAGGAAUGGAAACUAGGCCGGUGCAUUUUACGCUUCCCUGAGAUUUUACAGAAGAUCUUAGAUGACUUAUUUCUCCACACACUCUGCGACUAUAUUUACGAGCUGGCAACCACUUUCACAGAGUUCUACGACAGCUGCUACUGUGUGGAGAAAGAUCGACAGACUGGAGAAGUCUUGAAGGUGAACAUGUGGCGCAUGCUGCUGUGUGAAGCAGUAGCUGCCGUCAUGGCCAAGGGGUUCGAUAUCUUGGGAAUAAAACCUGUCCAAAGGAUGUAAUACUUUUUGAACACUGUUUUUACCAAAGUGGCUAUUAGCACUGUUUGCU